GGAGCGCCGGCCCCGGCACAUCCGGGUUCCGGCCGCUGGAGCCGGGCUGUUUCCGCGCCGAGUGUGGAGCUGAGUUUGGUGAUCUGGACUCUCGGAGAGUGACUGGCCAUGUCGCUGUCCCACUUGUACCGGGACGGGGAAGGCCGCAUCGAUGAUGAUGACGACGAGCGGGAAAACUUUGAGAUCACUGACUGGGAUCUCCAGAAUGAGUUCAACCCCAACCGGCAGCGCCACUGGCAGACCAAGGAAGAAGCCACCUAUGGGGUGUGGGCAGAGCGAGACUCGGAUGAUGAAAGGCCCAGCUUUGGAGGCAAACGGGCCCGCGACUACUCCGCGCCAGUCAACUUCAUCAGCGCUGGGCUCAAGAAAGGGGCGGCAGAGGAGGCGGAGCUGGAAGAUUCCGAUGAUGAAGAGAAACCCGUUAAGCAGGAGGACUUCCCUAAGGAUCUUGGACCAAAGAAGUUAAAAACGGGUGGGAAUUUUAAGCCCAGCCAGAAAGGGUUUGCAGGAGGAACCAAAUCUUUCAUGGACUUUGGCAGCUGGGAAAGACACACGAAAGGAAUCGGACAGAAGCUUCUUCAGAAGAUGGGCUACGUCCCUGGACGGGGGCUCGGGAAGAACGCACAAGGUAUCAUUAACCCGAUCGAAGCCAAACAGAGAAAAGGAAAAGGAGCCGUCGGGGCCUACGGUUCGGAGCGUACCACUCAGUCCCUGCAAGACUUCCCUGUGGUUGACUCGGAAGAAGAGGCCGAAGAGGAAUUUCAGAAAGAGCUGAGCCAGUGGAGGAAAGACCCAAGCGGAAGCAAGAAGAAGCCCAAAUACUCUUACAAGACAGUGGAAGAGCUGAAGGCCAAGGGCAGGAUUAGCAAGAAGCUCACUGCUCCCCAGAAGGAGCUUUCUCAGGUUAAGGUCAUAGACAUGACGGGCCGGGAGCAGAAGGUCUACUACAGCUACAGCCAGAUCAGCCACAAGCACAACAUUCCCGACGAUGGGCUCCCGCUGCAGUCCCAGCAGCCGCCGCAGCCCGGCAAAGAGGCCAAGGCCCCGGGCUUCGCGCUGCCCGAGCUGGAGCACAACCUGCAGCUGCUCAUCGACCUCACAGAACAGGAGAUCAUCCAGAAUGACCGGCAGCUGCAGUAUGAGCGGGACAUGGUGGUCAACCUCUCCCACGAGCUGGAAAAGAUGUCUGAGGUCCUGGACCAUGAGGAGCGGGUCAUCUCCAACCUCAGCAAGGUGCUGGAGAUGGUGGAGGAGUGUGAGCGGCGGAUGCAGCCCAACUGCAGCAACCCCCUCACCCUGGAUGAGUGCGCCCGCGUCUUCGAAACCCUCCAGGACAAGUACUACGAGGAGUACCGGGUGUCAGACCGCGUGGACCUCGCCGUGGCCAUCGUCUAUCCGCUCGUGAAGGAGUACUUCAAGGAGUGGGAUCCCCUCAGAGACUGCACCUACGGCACCGAGAUCAUCUCCAAGUGGAAAAGCCUCCUGGAGAACGACCAGCUCUUGUCCCACGGUGGGCAGGACCUCUCGGCAGACGCCUUUCACAGGUUGAUAUGGGAAGUCUGGAUGCCUUUUGUUCGAAAUAUUGUCAACCAGUGGCAGCCAAGAAACUGUGACCCGAUGGUGGAUUUUUUGGAUAGUUGGGUGCACAUUAUUCCCGUGUGGAUCUUAGAUAACAUACUGGACCAACUCAUCUUCCCCAAGCUGCAGAAGGAGGUGGAAAACUGGAACCCGCUGACGGACACUGUCCCCAUCCACUCGUGGAUCCACCCGUGGCUGCCCCUCAUGCAGGCGCGGCUGGAGCCGCUCUAUUCGCCCAUCCGCAGCAAGCUGUCCAGCGCCCUGCAGAAGUGGCACCCCAGCGACUCCUCUGCCAAGCUCAUCCUGCAGCCGUGGAAAGACGUCUUCACCCCUGGCUCCUGGGAGGCAUUCAUGGUCAAGAACAUCGUGCCCAAGCUGGGGAUGUGUCUCGGUGAGCUAGUCAUCAACCCCCACCAACAGCACAUGGAUGCUUUUUACUGGGUCAUCGACUGGGAAGGGAUGAUCUCUGUCUCCAGCCUGGUGGGACUUCUUGAAAAGCACUUCUUCCCCAAGUGGCUUCAGGUGCUGUGUUCCUGGCUCAGUAACAGCCCAAAUUACGAGGAGAUCACCAAGUGGUACCUGGGUUGGAAAUCCAUGUUCUCAGACCAGGUGCUGGCACAUCCGUCCAUCAAGGACAAAUUUAAUGAAGCACUUGACAUCAUGAACAGGGCGGUAUCCUCCAAUGUCGGCGCCUACAUGCAGCCAGGGGCUCGGGAGAACAUCGCCUAUCUCACGCACACGGAGCGGAGGAAGGACUUCCAGUACGAGGCCAUGCAGGAGCGGCGGGAGGCCGAGAACAUGGCCCAGAGGGGCAUCGGUGUGGCCGCCAGCUCCGUGCCCAUGAACUUUAAGGACCUCAUUGAGACCAAGGCGGAGGAACACAACAUCGUCUUCAUGCCCGUCAUCGGCAAGCGGCACGAGGGGAAGCAGCUCUACACCUUUGGCCGCAUCGUGAUCUACAUCGACCGGGGCGUGGUGUUCGUCCAGGGCGAGAAGACCUGGGUGCCCACCUCCCUGCAGAGCCUGAUCGACAUGGCCAAGUAGCCGGCAGGUGGGGCGCGGCAGAGACUCGCACCUGAGAGGGACAUGUUACGAAUAAACGGUAUUUUAAAUCAUCU